AUGGCGUCGACAAAUCGCAUCACUGACGAUCUACCCGCCUCCGAGUCCCAGGUUGCUGACAGCGUCGACGAGCUGACACAGCUUGACCCUCCAAUAAUUGAGAUCGCACCACGCGGCGAUGUCGUAUUCGUCCUUGGUGGUAGUGAGAUGAAGCUCAAGGUCUCAUCGGAGGUCAUGACGCUCGCUUCACCCGCUUUUCAUGCCAUGUUCAGGCCCGAUCGUCCUUGGACUGAAGCGCAGAACCUGAGCGAAGACCAACCCAAAGAGGUUUCGCUGCCGGACGACCACCCUGAAGCCAUGAAGCUCAUCUGCGAGGUCCUUCACCAUCAGCACGAUGCACACAAAGCCGAGUAUCCCGAAUGGAAGCUGGUUGCCCAUGUCUCACGUCUCACAAACAAAUACUUCCUCCAGAAGGCUUUGAGCUACGCUUCCGAGCAAUGGCUCACAUACCAUGUCGACAGGGUCCGGAAGAAUCACUACACAGAUGCUGAAGCGGAAGAACUUCUGGCUACUGCCUAUCUGUUCUCAUUCAAGGAGAUAGCAUCCAUGCCCGAAGCUCCUAUCCACACUGUCCCCCUCAUGCUUGAAGAACAGCGCAAUUACCUCAAGAAUGAAAUGAACAAACUCAUUCAAAGGCAGGUUUCAUCAUGGUUAUCUCGUCGGGCUACCUUCAGCAACGGGUGUACCACUGGCACCUGCACAGCGAUCCUAUACCGGAUCCUCAUGGUCAAGGCCAUGUGGAGAGAAGACUUUGAGAGCGCGUUCUUCAUCUUGACGUUCUGGUCUACAAAAGCAUCUCCCUCACCUUGCCUGGCGCUUCCUUCUAAUAUUCUGGAGUAUUGCGCCGACUUCGUUUCAUAUGAAUAUGACACAAUGGGCCAAGGCGAUGGCGACAAUGGCAAGGGUGGCCAGCGCGCCGCUAAACGCCAAAGAACAGAUGUCGAAAGCGCUUCACUCUCACCUAAGCGCGGCAAUCCUGUCGACGACACCGCGAAGCCCAUCACCAAUCUUGCUCCCAACGGCGAUAUCGUGCUAGUCUUCAGCGACCACUCCCGGCUGCGAGUCCACUCAGUCGUUCUGGAACUCGCAUCGUUAGUCUUCGAGGCCAUGUUCAGUCCUCACUUCAGCGAAGGCCGGAACCUUGGGGUGCUUCUGCGAGAUAUCGUCACUUUGGUCGACAAGUAUGGUCUCGUCGCUGCUACAAGACUGCAAAUCAGGUCAUUCUUGGAGGAACAAAUUGAGGAAGCGAAGCGUUCUCGAUUCCGCGGCAACUUCGAUGAAGAGCUUCUGGCAAUGUCGUACAUGCUGAAGGAUGAAAAGGCAUUCAACCUGAUUAGCCGCGAGCUGAUCGUCUUUCAUGGUCGAUCAUUUGGAACCUUGAAUGACCCGUUCAACAUCCUUCCUUCACGCGUACUUGUGGCUCUGGAAGAACAUCGAAAUGCCGCACGUAAGGAUUUGAACCUGAUCAUCACCCAGGCCCUAACUUCCUGGUUUCAAAGUUUCGACACCAUGAGCCAAUGCUGCAAGCGCCCUCACGAUGAUUGCGCCAUGGAAUUGCUUCUUGCCUUUCUUGCGAACAGACACGACAUCCUCAAUCGCGACAAAGAGGACUUUAUCGCUCACAAAUUCGACUAUUGGAUGGACCCGGGCCGCGAGAACAGAGAGUUUUCACAAGACACCUUCACCGACCUCUACGAUGAUUGGAUCCCGGGUUAUGUUUGCUCAAGAUGCCGCAUUGGCACCCAGAUCAAGCAGGUACUUUGCCUCUCUCUACACCUGGCUGCAGAGGCAGGGUACAACAAAAUACCCGGUCUACAUCUCAGGUCAUUCCGCGAUUAG